AUGACAGCAGCAACAACAACAACAACAUCGAUGAAUACACAGCAAUAUUAUUCAACAAUGCAAAAUCAAGACGAUAGUCUGUUCUACGAUGAUCAGAUCCAACGUUAUGAUGCAGAUACGAUUAAGAAUCGAUAUGGAAGUAACUGGAAGAAUUUCGUAUCCAAUGUACGUGAAAUAAAGCAACCCGAUGGAUCCAUUGUCAAAGAAUAUAUCAUUGACGAUCCAAGUGUACUGCAAGAAAUCAAACCAUCGCCACAAACAAUUGACUCGACUUCAUCGACAACGGUUUCCGAUGAUGAACAGCAAACGACGAAAAACAAAUUUGCGCAAAUCAAAGCGAAAUUUGAACAAAAGAAUACGGCGCAUGUCAUGGCUUCACCAUCCACAUCAUCAGCGAAUAGUAGUAGUACGACAUCGCGCCAAACUUCUCAGCAACAAAUGGAUGACUUGUAUGCUCGACAUCGACGUGGAUCUAAUGAACCAAUGCCAAAUAAUGAUACGAUCGAUUCGAGAAGUUCGUCAAACCGAUCGGUAGAUUCACAGAAUACGUAUCAUCGUUCACAAUCGAUGGUAAGUGAACAAUCAAAGAUAAGCUCGUACCGACGAUUUGACUCGGUUGAUGAAGCUGAUGAAGAAGUUCGACGUAUUCAUCGACAAGGUGAAGAACUUCGUCGACAUACACAAGAUUCUACACCGAUCUCGACUAUCCAGGAACCGUCAUUACAAACACGUGUGCAGUAUGAAAUUGUUGACGAAGAGGGAAAUCCCAUGGCUGCUGAUGGUGUGCAAGAUUUAAUUAAAAUGGCAGGUGUACGUGCUCGAGAAGUUCCACAACCAGAUGGAACUGUUGUCAAAGAAUACGUGAUUGAUGAUCCCGAAUUAGUCUCACGAUUUCGUUCUCAUCAACAACCACACCCGCAAUAUUCGCCGGUGACACCCUACUCACAACAACAACAACAACAACAGCCGCGAGUCACUCGUGAGGAUGUUCCUCCACCUCCACCACGCAUGCCUCUCCGACCGCCGUUGCUAUUGCGUUCGGGAACGUCAUCCGUGAAUGAGAAUCUUCCAAAUAAUAUUCAACAAAUUCAUGUUCUUGAACCACAACGAAAAUAUGAAUAUCUCACUACAGCGGGUCGACGCGUUCAAUUUGUAAUAACGAAUUUUGAUAAUAUGCACGGCCAACCAAUCAACGAUGCAGAAAUUCGCGAAUUAACCAAUGCAAUCAAUACUCGCCUUCUGCCAACUUCAUCACCUGCAUCGAAUUCAUUUGUUCAACAUCAGCAACCCCGACAAUACAGCCCACCUAAACCAUGGCAGCCCGCAGUUGAUAUCACACCACGACCACGUCUCGGUUCCGAUCAUCAGCAAUAUGCUAGUCAUGCUAAUAUGGCUCACCAACCUAAUCAAUCUAAUCUCUAUCGUUCGGCUUCGUAUGGUGCACUAAAUCAAGCAUCGUAUCCAAUACAAAGUCCACCGCAACAACAACAACAACAACAAAGUUAUCGCGAACCGAAUUAUCCUUCGACAACGCAUCGAUAUCAACAACAAGCAAGCAAUGAAAUGUUUCAAACUGCAGCACAGUUUUUACCCAAUCAACAAAUUUCGAAUUCUUCGUCAGUAAAUCCUAAUCAACGACCAGUUUACUACCCUCAAUCAGCGAAUUAUCCAUUUCAAGGGCAACAACAACACGGUGUUCGAAUUAUUCAUGAUAAUAACACCAAUAACAACAAUAAUACUUUCAUUCAACAACGAACAGCGGCGUUCCCUAACGGACAUACUAGAAUAUAA